CUCCGAACACCUGUGUAAACGGAAGACGGACGCCACAAACUUGUCACUGAAAAAUACUGCUGGCUGCAACUGUGUUAAAACCAGUUAAAACAAUUCCGUGCAAAAAAAAUAAUGGAGUUUUCUAUGGAGCAUGCGCACUGGGGCGGCGAGGGACUAUUGUACCCACAAUGCAACCGGACCUUUGUAGUGGUAGCCGACGCGACCCCCCAAAUGAAGAAUAAACUGGCCAUGGUUCUCUGUUCUUCAACUGGGCUAGGUGAGACAAAGCUGGAUCCCAUCUAGCCAUGACUGAUCUACAGGGCCAAGGAAUGGGUGUGAGUAUCGGAUUUCCCCUCGUCACCGGUACCCAGCUGUCUCACUCACUCAAACUGAUGCCUGCCUUUACAGUCCCUCACUCACUCACCCCUCUGCUCUAACCACUAACCAUUGGAUCGCUUUUUGGAAUUUACCUGCAUAAACCUGAAAAGGGACAUAUCAAGAGUUGGAAUGGUUCGGAGGCCUCCGGUGUGACAAGUUGCUCAUCACACAUGAAAGCAAACUGGUGAAGAAAGCCUUUACCAUACAUCCACAUACCAGAUUUCAUUUCUUCAUUGACUGGACUAGCAACCAGUAGGAACAAGUGGGUAGCACUGCAGGACGAGAGUGAGAGCUCACACACUACACCAUGGCCCAAUAUGACCAACUUGAAGAUAAACAUUCUGUGGAUAUCCAUGAUAACCCCACAGCCCCUGACAAUAUUGUGAAAGAAGAAGACAAUACUGUAUACUUUAUUUAUGAGGAGGAGGUGGAAGUGGAGGAGAAGGAGCCCGAGCCUGAGCCCGUUGUUAUAUUGGUGAAUGACAAACCACACAAGUUCAAGGACCACUACUGCAAGACGCCCAAGUUCUGUGACGUCUGUGCUCGUAUGAUAGUCCUCAACAACAAGUUUGCUCUACGGUGCAAAAACUGCAAGACCAACAUCCAUCACUCAUGCCAGUCCUAUGUCGAGUAUCAGAAGUGCUUUGGCAAAAUUCCCCCAGGUUUCAGACGGGCCUACAGCUCCCCUCUAUACAGUAGUGACCAGACAGAUGCAGCCCACUCCAACCGUAACGACCCUGUGUUUGACACCCUGCGGGUUGGGGUCGUCAUGGCAAACAAGGAGCGCAAGAAGGGGUCUGAGGACAAGAAGAAUAUGAUGAUGAUGAUGAUGGAGGAAGAGGAAUCCCAACAACCCAAAGAAGAUGAGCAGGCAGAAGGAAAGCCAGAGGGGGAUAAGAAAGGAGACAAGGCUGACAAAGCAGAUGACAAGAAAAAGAAGGAGAUGGGAAACAUGGGAAAUCAGUCACAUUACUACCUGGCUCUGUAUCGCUUCAAGGCUAUUGAGAAAGACGACCUUGACUUCCAUCCUGGUGAUCGAAUCACUAUAAUUGAUGAUGCAAAUGAGGAAUGGUGGAGGGGGAAGAUUGGGGAGAAGACAGGUUACCUCCCCACCAAUUACAUCAUUAGAAUAAAAACAGGAGAGAGGGUGUUCAAGGUGACGCGCUCCGUCGUGGGAAACAGAGAGAUGGGUCAGAUAACACUGAAAAAAGACCAGAUCGUGGUGAAGAAGGGAGAGGAGGUGAAUGGCUACUUGAAGGUCAGCACAGGCCGCAAGCUGGGCUUCUUUCCCACUGACCUGCUCCAGGAGAUCUGAGCCUGACCAGAUCACAACCACAGGUCUAGAGUCACACCGUCACCAGGACCAUAACCACAUAACACCAAACCCAAGACCUAAACACAUGAUCACAACAUUUUCUAACACAACAUUUACACUAACACUUGUAUUUUCCACUUUUAGGGGCCUAUAGAGCUGAUCUGGUGAAUGUGUAAGCUGUUUGAGCUCUGUAAAUUGUGUUGAGUGUAACUUAAUACUGCAGCCUACCCACCCUAGUGAACUGGAUCAGCUAUCCAUGCUAUCCGAUCUGGACAGAGACGUGUGACGUAAGGACCAGGAGUGUGUGGUGGACACCUAAAAAGUGAACAUGUUUGUGCCAUUUUAAUGUGAUCAAAACCGGACAACCUGAAACUACAUCUUCAGAAACUUGAAGCAAAAAAAGUUUCUAAACCCAAUGGCUGUAACUACUGACUGUAUCUAUUAAGUAACUAGGAUUUUUACAUUGUUUUUGUUAUGCAAACCUAAUUGUCUUGGAGGCUAAUGUAUUGCUUACUCUUAUUGUAGUAGUUCCUUUAUAUAUAGUCAGCUGAAAUUCCAGUGCUUCAUUUUCCCCUUGAUGCAAAUGUUCAAGAGGGCUUGUUAAAGUGCAUGUUGUAAUUUUAUUUUAGCUUGGGCCGAUCUUUUAUCAUCUUUAACAUAACAGUGUGCUGUGUAUUCGUUGUAUUUUUAGAGCAAUAGACAAUGUAAGCCUGGCUGACAGAGACCCACAAACUUUUGCCAGACAAAUUAAGUUGAAUUCAUUGAUACAAUAUUGUAACAUUAUGCAACAGUCAUUUGUUAUGAAUUUACUAUUUAUGUACUAACAGCGGAGUGCAGGCUUUUCCCAUUUAUUGUCUUACUUGAUAUGCAUCCUCUGUGACACCACCAUAGUGGUGAAAUCAAUUCACAAUUCGAAAUAAAGUCCUCUAUUUUUGAAUCAGUA